UUCAAUUGAAUUUGACGGUUCAAAGAAAAAGGCCCAGUCUCUACCUGAUUCACAUAUCCCUGUUCCAGCAUCCGUUCCCGGCGUAACUCCGAUCACCGGAUUUUCCAAAGUCGGGUCAUUAUAGAUACACAAUAACAGUUAAGUUGUAUAUAUUAUAUAAAAAAUGGCGGCAGAUGAUGUUCCGGUGGAUGAUAAGGUAAAAAGAACGAGAGAUCUGUUAUCAAGUUUUUAUUCACAGGAUUCUUCUCAGACUGCUGGUCCCACCAACUCUACAUCACGAUUUGCGACGCUUGAUACUAUCAAUACGACGUCGUUUGAUGCUGAUCAGUAUAUGAAUCUUCUUGUACAAAAGUCGAAUCUGGAGGGUCUCCUUCAGAGACAUGUUGAAAUGGCUGCUGAAAUUAAGAAUCUUGAUACCGACUUGCAAAUGUUAGUAUAUGAAAAUUAUAACAAGUUUAUCAGCGCGACCGAUACAAUUAGAAGAAUGAAGAAUAAUAUUGUUGGUAUGGAAGUAAAUAUGGAGCAACUUCUUGAUAAGAUAAUGUCAGUGCAAUCAAGAAGCGACGGGGUCAAUACUUCGCUUUUUGAAAAAAGAGAGCAUAUAGAGAAAUUACACCGCACACGUAAUCUGUUACGCAAAGUUCAGUUUAUAUACGAUCUUCCUACCACACUUGGAAAAUGUAUUAAAUCUGAAGCAUAUGGUGAUGCAGUGAGGUUCUACACUGGAGCGAUGCCGAUAUUUAAGGCAUAUGGGGACUCCUCAUUCCAGGACUGCAAGAAAGCAUCCGAAGAAGUAAUGUCCGUCAUUGUGAACAAGCUUCAGGAUAAGGUUUCUUCUGACUCUGAAUCAAUACAAGCAAGAGCAGAGGCUGUAAUGCUUCUUAAGCAGUUGGAUUUUCCGGUUGAAAACUUAAAAUCAAAGCUGCUUGAAAAGCUAGAGCAGUUCCUAGGGGAACUGAAUCUUGUUAAAGAGAUAAACAUGGGUUCUGCAGAUCAUCACAAAUCUACCAAUGCAGGAAGUGAAGCUGAUUCCACUCCUCCCACUCCCGAGGUUCCCACACGUGAGUUCGUGCAAGCAGUUCACGCUUAUCAUGUAAUUUUCCCUGAUUCAGAGCAGCAGUUGGUCAAACUCGUGCAUGAUUUGACCACUAGGCACUUUGAAGCCGCCAAACAACAAAUACAAGAACAGAUCUCUUCAGAAAAGCUAUCCAACCGACUUCGAUUUAUUUGGACUGAUGUCCUCUCGAUUGACGAAGUCUUACCAGAAGCUGGUCUACAAGAUUUUGCUUUUGAGGCUGCGCAUGUUGCUCUGAAGCAGUACGUCACUAACGCAUUUUCUCAUCUUCUUCACAAAAUAUCUGAUACUCUUCUGCAAAUUCAAAAGGAUGGCACAGGAGAAGAGUAUCCUUUGCAGUCUGCUCUUGACGCCAGCAGAAAAACUUUAAUUCAAGGCAGUACAAAAGUCUUAUUGGAUAUCCGGUAUCUUCUUGAUGAAGAUUUGGGAUUGAUAUUGAAGUUAAGGAGCGCGAUUAUUAGUUGGGUACAAGAAGGGUUUGAGUCUUUCUUUAGACAACUUAAUGAUCAGUUACUCUACCUCUCUGGAAAAUAUGUUCCUGGGGCACAAGGGCAGGCAUUAACAGAAAAAUUACAAGCUGAUAAAAUUCCUGCUGGGCUUGUACUUGUGAUAGCCGAACUAUCUGUUUUCAUUGAACGAGAUGCCAUUUCAAAACUUACCGAGGAAAUCCGCUCUUCAUUCUCCGGCGGCGGUCCAGUUUUUGUUCCUGCUGAAGUCCGUCACACCUUCAAGUCAGCCGGGGAAAAGUUCCUGCUACGUUAUAUUAAUAUGAGAACUCAAAGAAUAUCUGUUCUUCUGAGGAAGAGGCUCACAACACCAAAUUGGAUCAAGCAUAAAGAACCAAGAGAAGUUCAUAUGUUCGUUGAUUUGUUUCUUCAAGAGUUGAGAGCUGUAGGAAGUGAAGUGAAACAGAUUUUACCUCAUGGACUUGUCCGUAAACAUUCUCGCACUGAGAGUAACGGAAGCACAAGCUCUUCACGCAGCAAUGCGUUAAGAGAUAACCGUUCAAACACCAACAGGGCUCGGAGUCAGCUUCUAGAAACCCAUCUAGCAAAGUUGUUUAAACAAAAGAUGGAAAUUUUCACAAAAGUCGAACAUACACAGGAAUCUGUUGUGAUGAAUAUUGUGAAACUUUGCCUAAAAAGUUUGCAAGAGUUUGUUAGGCUGCAAACUUUUAAUCGGAGUGGAUUCCAACAAAUUCAGUUGGACAUGCAAUACCUAAGAAUUACACUCAAAGACAGUGCUGAAGAUGAAGCCGCUGUUGAAUUUCUACUCGAUGAGGUAAUAGUCGCUGCUGCAGAACGUUGUCUUGACCCUAGUCCUUUAGAGCCUGCCAUCUUAGAUAGACUCGUACAAGCAAAAUUGGCAAGGACCAUGGACCAAGGAACAGUCUCUUCUUAGCAAAUGAUGAUUACAUAACUGGGUUGAACUAUCAGACCUGACUGGCAAUAUCCUUUGCAUGUUUUGGGCAAACAUGUUGGAAGUGCAAAAGUUCCGUGCAUCACCUGUUGUAUCAUUGUGUUAAGUAUAGAUAGUUCAGCAACUUUGCUUUUGACUUAGUGUCACCCUGUUGAUAUGAAACAUGUGUUGUUUAUUUGGGGUCACAAGUCUAAAAACUCCGAUAGAAUAACUUCUGGAUUCUCAUUAUUGUUUUAAUGUUACAGAAUAAAUGUGAAUUCAUUUAGUUUUUUAUUUUA